CCCCAACCACCAAAGCGCGUCCCUCCCCCAGCUAAAAGGAGUGGUCGCCAAGCUCCUGCGCUGCACCCCCUGACCCGAAGGCGCGAGGUGCGGUCUCGCUGUAUAUUCCUGGAGCAGAGGGUAGCGCAAUUACCCCCGCCCCCGUCCUCCCGAUCCAUGCACAGGGAGACCCACGCCCAGCGGCGGCCCCCCAGGCCUCCCUGCAACACCCGGUAAUGCAAUCCACGGGGGCGGGGGAGGCGGCGGCAGCGACAGCAACGACGGCGGCGGCGGCAGCAGCAGCACUGCCUCAAUCUAGAGACAACCAGAAAGCGGAGGAAAAUGGCUCCGAGCAGGGACCGCCUGCUGCACUUUGGGUUCAAGGCGACAAUGUUCUCAAAUAGUGAUGAAGCUGUAAUCAAUAAAAAACUUCCCAAAGAACUCCUAUUGCGGAUAUUUUCUUUUCUGGAUGUUGUUACUUUGUGUCGCUGUGCUCAGGUCUCCAGGGCCUGGAAUGUUCUGGCUCUGGAUGGCAGUAACUGGCAGCGGAUUGACCUGUUUGAUUUCCAGAGGGAUAUUGAGGGCCGGGUAGUGGAGAAUAUUUCAAAAAGAUGUGGGGGCUUUUUACGAAAGUUAAGUCUUCGUGGGUGUCUUGGAGUAGGAGACAAUGCAUUAAGGACUUUUGCACAAAAUUGUAGGAACAUUGAAGUACUGAAUCUAAAUGGAUGUACAAAGACAACAGAUGCUACAUGUACUAGCCUUAGCAAGUUCUGUUCCAAACUCAGGCACCUUGACUUGGCUUCCUGUACAUCAAUCACAAACAUGUCUCUUAAAGCUCUGAGUGAGGGAUGUCCACUGUUGGAGCAAUUAAACAUUUCCUGGUGUGACCAAGUAACCAAGGAUGGCAUCCAAGCACUAGUGAGAGGCUGUGGGGGUCUCAAGGCCUUAUUCUUAAAAGGCUGCACACAGCUAGAAGAUGAAGCUCUGAAGUACAUAGGUGCACACUGUCCUGAACUGGUGACCUUGAACCUGCAGACUUGCUUACAAAUCACAGAUGAAGGUCUCAUUACUAUAUGCAGAGGGUGCCAUAAGUUACAGUCCCUCUGUGCCUCCGGCUGCUCCAACAUCACAGAUGCCAUCCUGAAUGCUCUAGGUCAGAACUGCCCACGGCUUAGAAUAUUAGAAGUGGCGAGGUGUUCUCAAUUAACAGAUGUAGGCUUUACCACUCUGGCCAGGAAUUGCCAUGAGCUUGAAAAAAUGGACCUGGAAGAGUGUGUUCAGAUAACAGAUAGCACGUUAAUCCAACUUUCUAUACACUGUCCUCGACUUCAAGUAUUGAGUCUGUCUCACUGUGAGCUGAUCACAGACGAUGGAAUUCGUCACCUGGGGAAUGGGGCCUGCGCCCAUGACCAGCUGGAGGUGAUUGAACUGGACAACUGCCCACUGAUCACAGAUGCUUCCCUGGAGCACUUGAAGAGUUGUCACAGCCUCGAGCGGAUAGAACUCUAUGACUGCCAGCAGAUCACACGGGCUGGGAUCAAGAGACUCAGGACCCAUUUGCCCAAUAUUAAAGUCCACGCCUACUUCGCACCUGUCACUCCACCCCCAUCAGUAGGGGGCAGCAGACAGCGAUUCUGCAGAUGCUGCAUCAUCCUAUGACAAUGGAGGUGGUCAGCCUUGGUGAACUGAGUAUUUAAUGACACUUCUAGAGUUACAAUGGAGUCUCCAGUGGAAGCAACCCCAGUGUUCUGGGCAAGGGUUACAAAGUGAGGGCAGCGUCCAGAUCCCCAGAGCCGCACAUAACAUGCAUACCCACCCUCACCGCCACCCACUCUAGUUCUGUGACCAGGGGACUGAAGCCCAUGCCGGCUUUAUCAAGUGGAUUGGUGAAACUUAACCAUUCCUGUUGGACAUGCCAAGAAGAAAAUCAUAGGCAAGGCGGAGGGAAGGGGGCAUUCCAGCAAACCCAGUGUUACUGCUUCUGCAGUUUCUUCAUUUUGUGAAGGGGUUUCUUUGGUGAUUUUGGAACAGCAACUGCAGUCCUCCAGGGUCAAGGAAAGCAUAGAAAAACAAUAUAUGUUGUAUCCAGGGACCAGAAAGAAAAUUUCUUUGCAUCCUAUAAAUGGUAGUCAUCCAUCAUGAGAUGACUACAGAGCUGCUGUGCUUCCUUGUUCCCAUGCCAACAUGUGCUGAGCAUGCUCACAAAGAAGGCUCAUCCAUUCCUCCUCCUGUUUUAAGUAUUUGGCCCAGAGGUUUCCUAAAUGGUUGCACUGAAAUCGCUGUGGUCCAAAUGUGAUGACUUACUCACUCAGAUUGUCACUCUCUGUAGCACACUUGUGCACCUGUCUUUCGGUCUUUGUUGCUCCCUCCUGCACUCUUGCUCAGUCUGUCACCUGUUCAUUGUGUGCUUACUCACACUCGAUUGUUACUCUUCUGCUGUUGCUGUGUUUACAGUGUGCAUUUUGGAUGAUUAGUUGGGGUUACCAAACAUUUUUAAAAGAGACAUUAUCAAUAAAUAUUUUUUUAAUUCUAAAUUUUACCAUUAGGGGACCCUGCCUGAAUCUUUGCCAGUGCGAAGGGAAACUGUCACAAAACCGAGAUAUGGUACGAGAAGAAAUUGAGCUAAAACUGUUUUGAUGAAAACAAACUUUGCCUUUUGGUUUCUGUUAUACCUUGUGAUACUAUAAUAAUGCGCAUGAUAUGCCCAGUAUUCUCCCUGCACCUCCCAUCAGAAUCCACUAACUUAAUAAGGAGAAAGAAAUGCAUUAUUAGUAAAGAGUGGAAUGGCAGAUCCCAAAACUGAGCCCGAAAGCACCCCCCACCCAAGGGUAGACAUGUCAAAUAUUCACUGAAAUCUAGGUGUGAGCAGUACCAUCGCGGAUUGGUGUCUGUGAGGUUGUUUUGUUCUAGUAAGAGUGCUGCUAGAGUUGCUGUGCCGUCUAGCUGGUCAGUUUCUCUCUUUUUUUCCCCCUGUUCCAGCCUUUCAGGGACACGAGAAUGACCCUAGAACAGUUGCUCAACUGUAUGUCAGUGUUGAUGGUGUAUCUCAAAUGUUGGCACCUCAAAGGACCAGAACCAUUUCAAAACCUGUCAUUGCUGUCUCUCUUGUGCUCCAGGAUUCCCAUGAAGGAAAUCCAAGGGCAACCAGAUGAAGGCUUUGAGAAGAAGCAAGGGGUUCGGUGUCUCUGCCCAGCAUGGGUAGCAGAGCUGAAGGCCUAUUCAGUGCCCAUAAUUCAGAGUCAAGGAAGAGACUUCCUUCCUUCCCCCAAAAAAGUCAUAAAGGAUGAGGAAACUAAAAUCAGUUUCUAAAGUAUAGGAAGUAGAUUUCUAAAGCCCAAAGUUAGAAGCCUUAUGUGGUUUUUUAAUAGGACACCUUUUUUUUGGGUCUUUUAGGACAUUCUUGUGCAGUCUGCCAUGAUCUUAGAUCAUCUUCUGCAUGAUCCAGGCUGUUAAAAGACUUGUUAUAAUGCUGCAGGUGCUGGCUGUACCAGCAUAUGUAAGAAAAAAGUAGGACUGACUUCUCCACAAGCAAUUCCAUGAAAGGAUGCUAGAAAUCUGUACUGUCCACCAUUAUUUUGCAUGUUAAAUUUACUUUAAGUCCUAUUUUUUAUUAUGCCCUUUUAAAAGCUCAAAUUACUUUCAUUUUUCAUUAUUCCUUCCCCUUAUCCUCUUUUCAAAAUAUCAUAUGAAGAAUAUACUUAAUUUUUUUUAUUGGAGUAUAGUUGGCAUAGGGAUAUACUUUGUAAAAUGAGACUCCUUCUGGUUAUACCCCACAUAUACAGAUGCACACACUUGCACACAUGCUUCCAGAUGUGGUUGAUAAUAUUCAGAUCCCCAGGUAACUCAUUCAGACAAAAGUAAAAAGAGAAAUAUUUAGGAGCCAUCUGCUCUAACAUAUUAUGGUUUUUUUAGUAUUUUCUGAACAAAUUGACCAUAAAACCCUGAUUGGUUAGUGAGUAUGGAUUUAAAUUGCCCACCAGUAGAGGCCAUUAAAGUAUUUCUUUACUUAAAAAGUACAUAAAUGUAAAAGACCCUAUUUACCAGGACACGAACAUCUUGGAAAUGCCGUUUCUCAUCUCAAAGAAUGGACCCAUGUGCAGGUGCCUGUGGACUUGUUCAGGUGAUCCCUGCCUAUCUGGGCCAAGAGCAGAGUCCAGUGAGAAAAAUGAAGUAUGCAGCACUGGUGUGUAUGUGGCCGGGCCUUGUUCCUUUCACAAGAAAACUUCAGGCCCUUCAAGCUUGGAAGGAAAUAGAUUUUUUUUAUGCCAGUCUGCAACCUACACCAGCUAAUGAAAUGUGCCAGGAAUUUAAGAACCCAGAACCUGGUAAGUUUUGGUCAGGUGGAAAGGGCCCCACCAUCCUAUCUUAAUAUCAGGGAUACUUUUGCAAAUUCAGUAAGACUUCAGGGAUUUAGGAAAAGCUUCUUGGCCUGUUCCUUUGACUCCAGCCCUGGCCCUCUCUAUCUUCCAUGAUGAAGAAAUACAGAGUGAAUGGAGAGAUUUGAGAUAUGUUAGAAUACGUCAGCGCUAAUGCAUAGAUUCACAGGUAGCCAGGAGGGGUUACUGCUGUGUCUUUGGAGAAUGUUAUUAAACAUCCAGAUCACCUCUUUUCCAAGCAGCCUUUCCCUCUACAUUUUCCAGCAUCAUUUGCUACAUCAGUAUCUUUUGUGGCCUCUACACUGGCUCCACCAAGGUGAUCCCAGUUUCUUCUUUUUUUUUUUUUUUUUUUUUUUUUUUUGCAGUGCUCCCAUUUUCUUCCUGUACUCAUCCUUGCCUUCUGUUUAAAGCCUCCAUCUUACUCCCAAUGAUGCUGCUGAUUUAUUCUCAGUGUCUCUAGUCUCUAACUUCCUCUUUAGGCCCUUGUCCUGACCGAAGCAAAGUCUCUGGGCAGCCUUGAAUACAGUAACUGUUGUGUGAUUCAGGUCAUUUUUCACUGGGUGGUCUUAGACAUUUGCUUACCAAAAUUUGAAAUCAUACUGUUGGAUAUGAGGAGUAAGGGGAUCAGGCUUUAUCCUUUUUCCCCCCAAUAUUUUGACUAUGAAAGCACAUUGUGCUCUAUGUAAAAAAAAAAAAAAAAAAGAAUUAUUUCCUUCUCCUCUGCUCUUCAGUGGAUGUAUUUCUUAAAUGGCUUUUGUAAAUUUCCACAUUCAUUAAGUUGAUGUAGCAGACCUCCAGCACAUAUUUUAGAGGGACACCUGGCAAAUAUUUUUAUGAUGAUUUAUUUUGGGCUUUCCAAACAAUUUGAACUGUUCGAUACAGGUCUGAUGCUAUAGCAUUCAGGUUCCUUUAUUUCUCCUAAUUGCCUUGUAAAAUGCUUUGUUACCGAUUUGAUAGCCCACUCUUACCAUAAGGGGUAAACAAGGUAUGUGGGAAUUUGUCCUGGUCUGAAGUUGUAGGGAAGUAUGCGUGGCACCGGAAGGAAGAGGGGACUGCCUGCCUGCCUGUGUGAGCAGUAUAUCUUUAGGUGACUGUGAUUUUGAAGAAUAGGAACGCGUGUGGAUUGUGGUUGACCCUUGGCCAUUUAAUGUUUAUUGUGCUAAAAGUCAUGGGUUCCUUAUGACAGGUGAUACUGGUACAGGAGGAGGGGGUUAAAGGAAACAGGUCUGUUCUGCCUUUCCUUCCUUGUGUGCAUGGUGUGAUUAGGUUUCCAUCCCCAUUGUGCAUCCUGGCUGAGGAACUCUCUCAAUGGUAUGCUUUGGGCUUCCAGAACUUUUUUUUUUUUUUUUUUUUUUAAAGAUUGCCUUCCUAUCUGCCCACCAGUUCUAGGAUCUUUAACCACCUCAAACCCAAGCAGUGUGAAUGAGCCGAGACUUGUUUCAGACGACGGGGAGGAUGUUUGUUUGGAGGUCUUGAGGCAAACCCUCCCCCUUACAAUGACCUUGGACCAAAGAACCUAAUAAAUGCUCAAGCAGUAUGAGGAGGGUGAGGGGAAGUAGGAGUCUAAGCCUCUCGUCACCUUUAUUUCUCUCAUAAACUUUAAUUGUAAUAUUGGAAGAUACAGAAAACUAUAUAAGACCAUGUUGGUAGGCUAUAAUUAACCCAGGUAAUUUGGGAAUAACAUUUGGCUGUAUUUGCUAUAUCCAGGUGCCCUAACUGAACAGCUUGGUUCUCCAGCAAAGAACAUGCUGCUCUAAGCUUGCCCUCUCACUUGAGACAAACUCUACUUGCCAGAAACUCAUUUGAGGCACAUAAAUGCUUUUCCUGCAUGCAGGGCUUCUGCAGCUUCCCCUCAUAAGGCCAGUGUCUCUAUUUCUCCAUUUUUAUUCUUAGGAACAUCAGAGAUACAUCUCUGAAGGCUUUGACUCUUAGGAAAGUCAGUAAGAACCUCUCAGCUGAGUCUGAGUGAACCUUUGGAGCCCAACAGAGUUACACCUAAUUUUCAGCAGGGGGUAAAAAAAAUGUCUUGGACAAGCUCACAUGUGGGAUAUUAAGAGAAAUUCCGUAAUGUGCUUCCAUCUCUGCCUCAUGCAUUCUUUGAGUAAGCCCUCGGUGGAGUCUGGUUCGAAGGAGUUGAGUUCAGCCACGGUGUCUCACUGCCCUUUUAGGAAAAAGAACCAUGAGCAACCAGAACUGUAUCAAUGGACUCUAUUUUUUGUUUUUCAGUGUCUUGUUUUGAAGAAUUGGGGUGGGAAAAUGGUAGAUGAGAUUGAAAGUAAAGGAGAGAAUCAGUUCUGGAACUGGGGCACUUUGCUUUGGGUACAGGCCUCUGUCCUGAAUAUGCAGAAACACCUGCCUGAGUAGAUUUGCUUUCCUCUCCAUCCAGUGAACUCUAUGCCCUUCUCACUGGCACGGAGGGCUUCUACCCACCCUGCACCCGACCAGAGUCACCAGAUGGGAAUGGGCACCCCAAAAGAGGCGGUGAAUGAGAAUCCCCAUCCCAAGAAGUGAUGGGAGAAGAGAGGUGUCCAGACACAUACGUUUUUUCUUUUGCCACACCCCAAGAACCCAGGGAAAUCUUUGAAGUGAUGUCUUUUUUAUUAAAGUGGAAGAAGAAACCUUUGCCCCACAAAGUUCCACUUGUCACUGUUGCUAACUACUUACUUUCACUAAUUCAAAUCUGUGUCUCACUGCGGCUCACACACAUGUGUUUCUUACCUUAGCCUAACCCUUCUUAGCCCCUGAAGUCAUUAUUUCUGUCUUCUUCCUCCCUCCCUCCCUUCCUUUUUUUCUUAUGGCACUAGUGAACGACAACCGAAAGUCUUAGAAAAUCCUAACUUGAUAAACGAGUCUCUAACUGGCAUGGUUUGAUUAAUUACUUUACCUCCCACCCGCCUCGCCCCCAAAGACUUGAAUGAUUUUCUUUCCUAGUGCUAGACCUGUAAAAAGUAAAACCUUUGCUGCUGCUUUUCUGGGUUUACAUGUUUUUUCCUGCCCUUAAAAAUAAUUUCUUACCUGUGCUUCUCUGAUGACUGUUACUUUCUAAUAAGUGCAGGAAGGAGGUGAGCCUGAGAUUUCUUCUCUUACUCCCCUCCUCACCCUACCCCAACUCCAUGCUAACCUCUACCACACAUGACCCGUGGGGCAGGGCUCAGCAGAAGCUACAUGCUUAGUGGUUUUGCACUGUGCCUCUGCUCUUUCGGAGCUGGCCCCUGAGGAUCUGUGACUGCCCAAUCCGAAGGGUUAGAAGGGUUACAGUCCUUCCAUUGGUUGGUCCAGGGGAGAAAGGACUUCUGCAUUUUGCCUUUCUCCAUUCCUGUAUAAUGACUCAACCUUCAGCUGCCUCCCACCCUGGCUGCCUCCUCUUUCCUACUAGGAAUGAUUUCCAGGUAACCUGCCUCAGGCGGUUUCUGGCUGCUCUCCUCAGCCUUGCCCACCUUCGGUGACCCUGAGAGCACAGACCUGUGCGGAGGGCAGACAGCUGGGAGGACCACCCCCACCUGACUGCCUGAGGACAGAGCUGGGUGGGCAAAUGGUGCUGCGGGAGAAAUUUUUACCUUCGAACCAGGCUGUUCCAUCCCUGAGCUAACCCCCUCAAACCCCUCUCCCCCUGAGGGGACGGAAGGCAGAGGAUGGUUGACUGGUAGGGCCUGAUCCCAAACCUUGCCUAAGCCUCUUGAAGCCUCUCGGCCUCGCCCCCGAGUGCUUCAGCGCGGGGAGCUGCCGCUUCCCUGUUCCUCCGCCAGGCCUGCCCCCCCGCGCUCAGCCGCUCCCUGUGGCUGACCCGGUCCUGACUUGGUGACUGAGCACCAGGCUCCAUUAGCUGUCCAAGUGACUGCUUCCACCCCAUACUUUUGGCGCUUGAGGAUGGGGGGAGGGAGGGUUAUUUAAAAUAAAAUCCAAGGUGGCAGUAGAGGAUUCCUUUUGCUUUAAAAUCUUUGGACUAAAAGAAAAAUGUUUUUUAUAUAUAAAUAUAUAAAGUAAAUUGUUAUGUAACUAUUACUGUUUCCUGUAUGUUCUAAUUUUGUUUUAUGAUGUAAUUAAAGGAAAUAAGCUGUGAA